CCUGAUUCCUGAUUAUUGUCCUUUUGCAUAUUGGGAUACAGUAUGUGCAUCAGUGUACAAUCUAGCAAAAACUAAUAAUGGUGCCAAUACUGCAAUUAUCUGCUCAUAUUGUUUUCACUAUUGCUUUUAUAUGUAUAUCUUAUUUUAUUCUUAUAUCGAACCCAACCAUCAAGACAAAUUAUUCUAUGUGUAACAUAUGUGGCAAUAAAUGUCUUCUGAUUGCGAUUCUUCUACAAUUUACUUAGUGUGGGUCAAGUCACACCUAAAACGUUGCUCAAAAGCACUACAACACCUUUAAAAAUGACCAAAUACAGUAAAAAAAAAAAACAGUUUCAACAACAAACAAAAUCACUGAUAAUUUAUUCUUUAAAUCUUCCGUGGUGAAAGAUCCCACACUUCCGGCAGCGCGUGAAGCCACCACCAUGGAGCCUGUCGGAGCACCUUUCCACUCCGGGCUGUUACGUCACACACCGAAGCGGCGUAACGUCCCUGGCUGCCGCGCGCAUCUUUUCCGUCGUCUCCAAGGCCAAGCCGCCGCCAGCAUGGAGUCCCCUGCCGCUUUCCGGGUGCCUAACCCGGGCUGGCCUCACACGCAUCACUGGGUCGCCGUGGCCGCGGUGUGUCUCGCCGCCGUCGCGUGGAAGCUGGCGGCGCUGCUCGCGCAGAGGAGGCGCGCGCUGCGCAGCGUGGAGUCCUUCCCGGGGCCCCGCGCGCACUGGCUCUUUGGAAACGUCAGGGAGAUUAAGCGAGAUGGGACCGACCUGGACAGGGUUGUGAAGUGGGGGGAGCAACACCCGUAUGCUUUCCCCCUUUGGUUUGGUCCCUUUGUUUGUUACCUCAACAUCCACCAUCCGGAUUACGUCAAAACCGUUUGGACGUCGUCAGAGCCAAAAGACCGUCUCGCGUACAGCUUCAUUGAGGCUUGGAUUGGUGAUGGGUUGUUGGUGUCAAAAGGUCAGAAGUGGUUUAGACACAGGAGACUCUUAACCCCGGGUUUCCAUUAUGAGGUUCUGAAGCCAUACGUAAAUCUGGUGUCCGCCUCUACUACGACUAUGCUGGACAAAUGGGAAAGAUACGCCAAAAGCAAUGAGUCCUUUGAGCUGUUCGAACACGUGAGCCUCAUGACCCUGGACAGCAUCCUGAAGUGCGCCUUCAGCGACGACAGCCGCUGCCAGACGGAGAGUGGAACGAACGCGUACAUCAAAGCGGUGUACGAGCUCAGUUACCUCGUCAACCUGCGGUUCCGGACGUUUCCGUACCACAGCGACCUCCUUUUCUACCUCAGUCCGCAUGGCUUCAGAUUCCGAAAAGCAUGCAAGGUGGCUCACGGCCACACCGAGGAAGUCAUCAGAAAAAGGAAAGAAGCCCUAAAGGAGGAGAAUCGGCCGGACGGCAUCCAAGCCAAGCGAAACAAGGACUUUCUGGAUAUCCUUCUAUUAGCAAGAGAUGAGAAUCAACAGGGCCUGUCGGACAAAGAUCUGCGAGCGGAGGUGGACACCUUCAUGUUUGAGGGCCACGACACCACCGCCAGCGGCUUGUCUUUCAUCCUCUACUCCCUGGCCUGCCAGCCGGAGCACCAGAGGCUCUGCAGGGAGGAGAUCCUUCGAACCCUGGACGGCAGGGACUCCUUUUCUUGGGAGGAUCUCGGUAAAAUUCCAUACACCACAAUGUGCAUAAAAGAAUCCCUGCGGCUUUACCCUCCUGUGCCGGGAGCGUCCAGGGUCACCACCAAACCCAUGACCUUUUUUGAUGGAAGGACAUUGCAAGCAGGUUGUUAUGUUGGAACAAGUGUGUUUGGGAUUCACAGGAAUGCAGCUGUCUGGGAAAACCCGAAUGUCUUCGACCCACUGCGCUUUCUCCCGGAGAAUGUUUCCAAGAGGUCACCACAUGCAUUCGUGCCCUUCUCAGCUGGACCGAGAAACUGCAUUGGCCAGACCUUCGCCAUGAACGAGCUGAAAGUGGCGACAGCCCUGACGCUGAAGAGAUACCAGCUGAUCGAGGACCCCACUCAGAAACCCAAGCUGUUGGCUCAGCUGGUGCUUCGCUCGAUCAAUGGCAUCCACAUCAGGGUGAAAGCCGCGGACGUGCAGUAAACCUCACGUUGCUCUGGAAGAAAACAAUUUAUAACGGAUAAUGAAAUGUGUUUCUAAUAUCAAUUAUAUUUUGGGGUGGGAAUAAUUUGCUGAAAAGGAAAUUGUAUCACUUUUUUUGCACUGAUGAGUAAACCCCAAAUGUGUUCAUAACUUUCUGCCAGAAUACAUUGUCGUUUUUUUUCUUGUGGGUGAAAGGUCAUAGGUCAAAGCCCUAAAAUGUUGCUCAUUCAUUUUGCUUGUGUUCAUGAAAAAGUGGCAUGACUGAUCAAAGUUUAAUUGAAUGAACAGCUCUUUGUGUGAAGUUACUUUAACUGGCACCGUUCAACAUUCAACUCAUUUGAAUCGGGUCAAAGUGCCACGAGGGAAGCGGGUCAAUGAAUGACUGUCUUGUCAUAUUUGUUCUGACCAUUGAAAACCAAUUUAACAUUUAAUCUCGUUGGAAAACAAUGCAGUUUUCAGCCAAAACUAAUUCAUUUUUAUUUACAGUCAUGAUUACAAAACCCACAAGGACAAAAAGUCACCAGCAGAUUGUAAAAGUGAGCCCGCUCGCCUUGGGUGGACCGCCGACCUUUCGCUUACAAGAUCCCACGAAAUGGCUUUGAAAUUUUUAUUGGCAGAGCAUCUUCAGUGGCGACUUAAUGCUGAACCAAAAGAGUGUUACAUCAACCUUCCUUUGAACUACUUUGCCCUGCGUUCACAAUACGUAGAAUGGAAAUUAGCCACCGGUUAAGUGAGAAUACCAUUCAACCAAUUACGUAAUGCCCCGACUGUUUGACACGAAUCACUAUUAUUCUGUUACUGUGCACAGAUGGCUCCUUGUCUCAAGUCAGUUGAGGGAAAACUAAACAGUUAAGUGUAAAUGCACUGUACGCCUUUGCAAGUGAAAUAUAUUAACAUGCUAAUAACCAUCAAAAUAUCCUAAAUGCAAACCUUUCAACUACCUCUCAGUAUUGAGUGUCACUGUGCUGCCGUUCCAAUUAAAAUAACUAAACUCCAUUAGUACAUAAGUCCAAUUAACUGCCAACUUAGAAAACUGUAAAAUCGUUGUAUUUACAGUAUACUACAAACCUCUUAACACUCAAUAUAUACUGGAAAAAGCUAAAGGACAGAGUCGAUUAACAUAGUGUUUGGACAGGCAAGUGGCUUUUAUCUGCAAAGAAUCCAUAUCAGUAACAAGAGCGUUCAAUUAUCACUUUCAUAUGACGCAACAUAUAGACUUUGAAAUAUGACGGUUGGUGCAACGGGCCACGAACAUCAGUACCUUCAAGUGUGCAGCUAAACCUCAGUGAAAACUUUGACCUUUGUGCACGAGUCACCAUCUAGUGGAUUGUUGGACAAAUACACAACACUUGGGAUGCUGUCAUAUUGGUCUAAUAAACCUAAUGGAACGGCUUCACAUUAUGUCCAGAGGUUUUCAGAAUAAAAAGCAGCCCUGUGUUUUGAUAGAAACCGACUUCAUGAUACUGACUUUCUCACAUUAAAAUAUUUUAUAUAAAAGUAUUUGUUGCCAUUUGUUAAACAGCAUUAUCAAAACACUGACGGAGUGAGAAAAAAAAAGUUGAAAAAGUGAUUAGUAGAAAAAAAAAAUACAACAUUGAAAACAAACAUGUAGCCCGUCACUCACAAACAGGCAGCUGCACCUCUGAGGGACAAACGCACACUGCCAAGUCUUAAUUUAUGUUAAUUGUGUUUGCAGUCAAGACGAUUCUGAUGCAUUCCUGCCAACUUAUCGACUGCUGACUCAGCGAUGAUGGUGACAUCUUGUGUGACGAAAUGAUGUGGCGUCUCGUGAUGAAAAAGAUAUAACACGACAAA